GGACAUUUGGGUGGUUCUAACUUGAAAGACGCUUUUCACAAACAAUAAUAAUUCGGGGGAAGUCGAGCGCUCUUAAUUGCCAUGGCCGUGGUUCAGUUCAACUCUCUUCCCCGCUUGUGCAGAACCACAGCACCCUUAUCUCCAAUCUCAUACACCCGUUUAGUCUCAACUGUUAGCAUUCCGGUUUGCACUGCUUCCAACGUUUUGAAACUCCCGACCACCAGGCGGAAUAGUGCUAUUUCUGCUCUGGUUUCUGAAGAGAACGCAGUCGGGUCGAGUUCUUCUGGAACUUAUGUGUUCAAACUCACUUACUUAGAGGGGAAUAGUUGGUUGUGGGAUGUUGGUGGAUUGAAAAUACUGGUUGAUCCAAUCUUGGUGGGUAAUUUGGAUUUUGGAAUUCCCUGGCUUUAUGAUGCUGCCAAGAAGUUUUUGAAGACAUUCCAGCUUAGCGAUCUUCCUGAAAUUGAUUGCUUACUGAUUACACAAAGCCUUGAUGAUCAUUGCCAUCUGAAGACCCUGAAGCCCCUAUCUGAAAAGUCCCCAAAUCUUAGAGUCGUAGCAACUCCCAAUGCUAGGCCACUGUUGGAUCCCCUUUUUAGCAAUGUCACGUACAUAGAACCUGGUCAGAGCUCUGUUAUUGAAGCAAGAAAUGGUUCUACAGUCAGAGUUCAGGCCACUCCAGGGCCAGUUCUAGGUCCUCCAUGGCAGCGCCCAGAGAAUGGGUAUCUUGUUAAUUCUCCUCAGGGCCAACAGACUCUUUACUAUGAACCCCACUGUGUAUACAACAAGAGUUUUCUGGGAAAGGAAAGGGCUGACAUUAUCAUCACACCAGUUAUAAAACAGCUUCUGCCUAAUUUUACGCUGGUUUCGGGACAAGAAGAUGCAGUUCAACUUGCAAGGGUGCUGCACGCCAAGUUCAUCGUGCCAAUGAAAAAUGGGGACCUUGAUAGCAAAGGGCUUCUUUCUAGUAUAAUUCAAGUUGAGGGAACAAUAGAAUCAUUUAAGGUGCUAUUGUCAAAGGAACUACCAGAUGCUCAGGUCUUAGAGCCUACUCCUGGUGUACCACUACAAAUCCCAGCACCUUCAAAUCUUCCGUAGUGCAUCUGUAUAAUCUGCCAUCUAUUCAAGGUGGGAUCUCUAAAUUAGAAGGUGAUGUCAGGUAGGAAAGCUCUAAGUACUGUGGUAUAGAAAGCGCUACUAGCAACAUAAUUUAGGCAUGGUUCUGUGAAAGGAGAGAAAAGGUAGUCCUAAGUCCACGAUCCACUAGACUCUUUUCUUUAAACCAUUGAAGAGCUGCAAUUAUCUGAAUUUGUAUGAUCUAACUGCAGGCAGGGAAGCAGUGAUUUUCUAGUAGUUUUACCAAUCAAGUUAAAUACAUAGUUACAUAAAGGGAUAUAAAAAGAACAAGGGUUCUGCCAAAUGUAGCAAUAUAUUCUCCAAUUUCAGUGUUGGAUGUUUUAGUCUUAAACGUGCAAAGCACAUGUGAUGCUUCACUAAUGUUGCCUUGAUUUGAAGUGAAAUGAAAGAAUGAGAAGACACAGAAAAUCUUGAAGCUCCAACCUCCAUUUGGUAACUGUUAAAGGUAGCCUAUGUAUCAUUUGUCAGAUGGCUGAUCUUGUGAUGUUGUGCAUGAACGUUAUUUUCCAUCAAGAACUCAGGAUAUAUAUCUUGCCAUCAAUUGCUAGAAACCAAACAAUAUGCGGACUGAUAAAUUCAACAUAUUACAAUAUGCAAUGGCAAACGGUCUUGGGUGUCGACCA